AGAAAGCCUGCUAGUCAGAAAACCACAUCUGUCACCAGGAAGACCUACUUCAAUGUGCCAAGCAGGGUACUGAACAAACCUACUGAAGUACUGCACAUGACUACGAAGAUUUUUAAAGCUGAUCCUAUGUGGUUGGUUGAAAAGAUCUGUCUAUCAGUAGAGAAAACCAAUCUGCUCCUUCCUGCGAUGGAAUACAGCAUCAAAAUUAGAAACAUGUUUGGAGAAAAAGCUUCUGCUGAUAAAGCCAAGAAAGCUACCCUGUGUCCCAACAUCAUCACUCCAGACACCAUUCCUGAGUUCUGCAUCCCACCUAAAAUCUCAAGUCCAUUGGAAGUGAAGACUGUGGAGCAAGGAAAGCCAACUCCAUGCAUCAUGGUUUCUUGCAGUGAAAGUUGCAGCUCAAAGAGUGAGAUUCCCUUCCGAGAACUGAUCAAUAGUCACAUCAUCCAAGUCGAGAGUGUGGAUGAUGGGCCAUGCAACAAAGGUUGUAGUGAUGAGGAUAACACCAAUGCAGACCCCCAGAGCCAGGCCGCUCUCUCUUUGCCCCACUUGGCCAAAGCCCAGACGUGCUAUGGCUUCUGCACACUGCUAGAGAGCCCACACACCAGAAGGAAGGAGUCCCUGUUCCACAAUGAUCCCAAUUCCUGUGGGAUUCCACUGCUUCUGUCUAGGAGCAGGUCUGAUAUAUGCUCCAGAUCUUCUUCAUCUCCUGUUUUCCCAGCCUCCACCUCACCCUCCUCCUUCAGUCUGAACAACUUCACCUCUAGACUGACACGGAAGAGCUUUGGUCUGCACAGGCAAGGCACGCAGGACAGUGACACCACCUCCUCAGCUGAAUCCUCACCAUUCAGCUCUCCUCUCCUGGCCAGAUCAUUACCUAAACCUUCUCUUUUCAAAACCCUCAGCCAUGAGAAGCUACUCUCCUAUAAUAUCCAGAAGACCACUGUUUCCAGGAACAACUCCCUGUCAACGGAUGAAGCCAGCUCCACAGAUAACAGCCCUAACGUCAUGAGGAGAUCAUCAGAGGUACUCAUAGAACCUCUUUCCUCAAGCUUUGGCCUGGCACCUCCUGCCAUCUUCCCCUUGGACUUGGUUCUGCACAGGGAACUGGUGAUGAAGGAAAGCCUGGUGCCAGUAGGAAGGGAUGGGACCCUGCGUCUUUCAGCAGAAUACUGUCCAGAGAACCAGAGACUCCGGGUCCGACUCAUCAGCGCUGAGGGGCUGUACUCUCUCUCUGUGGAACCUAAGAGCAUAAACUGCAGCAUCAGUCUUUCCCUAAUGCCUGGGAAAUUCCAGAAACAGCGUAGCACUGUCAUUAGGAAGAGCCGUAAUCCAAUCUUCAAUGAGGACUUUUUCUUUGAUGGCAUAACUGAGGAGGACCUCAGCCACUGGUCACUGAGAUUUAAAGUAGUCAACAAAAUGUCCACCAUGAAAAGAGACUAUAUUUUGGGCACUUGUGAUCUUCCUCUGACUUGUAUUGUCAAUGUUUAA